AUGGAGCAGUUAUCCGACUCACACCCCCUCCGAGGGGCUCGGAGACAGGUAUUCUCUAGUCUCUCUCUUCCAUCCUUACUGCAAGCUCUGAGGAAGAGCAACAACAACACAGAUUAUGCAGAUCGUAAUAUUGCGGGCACUACAAUUAAAAAGCAUCCUGACGGUUACGAGGUAUGCUUCUACGCACAGUGCGAAGAAGGCGAAAAACUCUGGAAAUGCGACCUUGCCGCCCAUCUUAGAGAUUUAUGCUCAAUUUAUCGCAUAGAGCUGAAUCAUCCAGUGGCGAACCGAUAUACUCUGGUCCCUCGACAACAGGAGGACAGUUACCUCUAUUAUAUUCACACGAGGGAAGCAUCCUUCCAUAAUCAAGGAGACCUCCCUGAUCAAGCCGAGCUCGACUUUCGGGUGGGGAGUUGGGAUGAGAAAGACAACUGCUGGCGCGCUAUCAAGAAACGCAAAAGCCAAGCUAAGCUUGAUGAGGAACUGGCCAAAAAGAAAGUCCGCUUCCUACCGUUGGAAAAUACUGAAAGCCAGUCUUGUUCUCAAAGACUAACUCCUCCCUUGUUUGACUCCGACUCUGAAGAAUCCGAGUUGUAA